AUAUAUAUAGAUUAGAGAGGUGUGGAAGAAUUAUUUUACUGUGUGGUGAUACACAAUAAUCCAAUAGAAGCAAGGAUAAAGGAAAGGAAAGGGAAAUUGGAGGAAUUAAAAGCCUCCCUCUAUAUUUAUCCCUCCAUCUUCUUCUUUAACUUUCUCAUUUUGGGUUCCUGCAAAAGGGAAAAUAUAUAGCAGCAACAACAAACACCCUUCUCCACUUUCUUUUCUUUUCUUUUGCUCUUCAUCUUGUUGCUGUUUCUUGGUAAUUUGAUUGGCUGAGAGAUCAGAUAUGGCAAGCUGCAUAGAUAUUGCACCUGAACAACUCUGCUACAUCCCUUGCAACUUUUGCAAUAUUGUUCUUGCGGUGAGUGUUCCAUGCAGUAGCUUGUUUGAUAUUGUGACAGUCCGAUGUGGGCACUGCACCAAUUUGUGGUCCGUGAAUAUGGCUGCCGCGUUUCAGUCACUUUCCUGGCAAGAUGUUCAGGUUCCAAACUACAAUCUGUACAGUUGUAGCGGACCAGAUUUUCAAGGUGAUUUUGGUUCCUCCUCCAAAUGUAACAACAAUAAGAUGGAAAUUCGAGCUCCCACCACAAUUCCAGCAGAGGAGAGAGUUGUGAACCGACCUCCCGAGAAGAGGCAGAGAGUACCUUCUGCAUAUAAUCAGUUCAUAAAAGAGGAAAUCCAAAGGAUCAAGGCAAAUAAUCCUGAGAUUAGCCAUAGGGAAGCUUUCAGUACAGCUGCCAAAAACUGGGCACACUUCCCUCGUAUUCACUUUGGCCUAAUGUUGGAAACCAACAAUAAUCAAGUGAAGCUAGAUGAUGGUUUGUCAAGGGCUGCACUAUUAAACAAAUGAAUUGGAUGAUGAACGAAAGUUGCUGCCUUUUUCCCACCUCUUAGUUCUGUGACUUUUCAACUGCUUCUUCUUCUUCUUCCACCUCUUGAAGUUCAAACAAAGGCCAUGGCUUGAAUUUGUCGUUUAAUUCAAGUGACAAUUAUAAUAUCCAUCUUUGGGUUAAUUAUUGCACUAUUUUCCACUAUUAUAUUGUUAUCAAAAUAUGACUUGAAGCUCUCUUUUUUUUC